AUGUAUUCCACCCGACGUCUGCUCCCACAGCUGGGCGGCAUCACCUCUACCACCCCUUCCACACUGUCCCGCUCCUUUGUGAGCGCCGCACAGCAAUGGAAGCAAUCCACCAGAGCUCCCGCCCUCUCCGACAUCGAACCGGAGCAGGGCCAUGUCUUUGACCACAAGCAAAAGCAAUUCCGCGACGACCUGGCCGAGCAACACCGCAAGCGUAAAGAGCAAGAGCGUCAGUCUGCCAAUUCCUCCACCGCUAAGUCUGAUACUUCCUUUGCUGCUACUUCGCAAGUUUUGGGCGAGGCCGUGGGCUCACUUACCCCGCUUACAGGUCAAGAAGCCGAGAAUAAGGAAGACCCCAACAAGAAGAAGGGCGGCCGGCUCAGCAGCAUCAUCUACGGCACCGAGGAGGGACGGGAGAUGGACCGGGAGAUCGAACGUAGCUUCUCCCAGGUCCUCGCGAGAGGAAAGUAUGUGCACAGUAUCGUGUUCCAUGAGGUGAAGCCGGAUAAGGUGGACGAGUAUGUCGAGCUCGUGGGCAGUUGGUACCCGCGAAUCGCCAGCACGCCGGACAACAAGGUCAAUCUCGUGGGAAGCUGGAGGACUGAAGUUGGAGACUGCGACACCUUCGGUAAGACUGCCCAACAACAACGCGACGACAUCUCGGUUCACUGCUGACGGAUUGCAGUCCACAUCUGGGAAUACCAACGCUACUCCGGCUACCACGCCUCCCUCCACUCCAUCCAGAACCACCCCGAGUUCCCCGAAUUCGACGCCAAGCUCAAGAAGCUCAUCCACUCCAAGAAGACCUCGCUCAUGCAAGAAUUCCGCUUCUGGCCGACUUCUGCCCCACGUCAGCUUGGAGGUGUCUUCGAACUGCGAACCUACACUCUGCACCCAGGCAACCUCUUGGAGUGGGAGACACACUGGCAGAAGGGCCUGGCGGCGCGGAGACAAGUCAUGGAGGGUGUUGGAGGUAAGCAUACACAGACUGCACAUGAUUUCUGCGGGAGGGCUCUGCUGACAGGAGAAUAGCGUGGUUCGUGCAGAUCGGUGCCCUCAACGAAGUUCACCACCUAUGGCAAUUUGCGGAUCUCGAAGAGCGCCGUGCGAGGAGGGAGGAAUCGUGGGCGGUGCCUGGCUGGGGAGAGACAGUUCACAAGACCGUGCCGCUCAUUCAGAGAAUGAACAGCCGUAUCAUGGUUCCGAUGCCAUGGUCGCCGAUCGGCUAG